AUGUCUAUAGGUUACAAAGACAACUUGAUGACAACUAUUCUAGCCAAAAAUGGGAAAUGUGAAUUUCCUAUGACUUUCGAAUGUUCGCCUUCUCAGAUAACUCUAAUGCCAGAAAUGUUCUCUUUUAGUAAUGAACGGAAAUAUCAAACUCUGAUACCUUUGAUGAAAACAUCACAUCUAAUUGAUGACGACUUGAAAGACAAACUGAAUAAGUGCGCUUUCGAUUUUUUCUCUGGAAAACAAGCCAGUAAAACAAGUGACACGACUAUUUCAAGCCUCACAGAGAGCGGCAAGACAUCACCGAUAUCGCCAUUGCACAAUAUUAAUAUAGUAAAAGCGGAGAAUACCGGUAACAGUAAAUCAGAUAUAUAUGGCACAACUAAAAUAAACAAACCGACAAAGACCGUGAUGAAAUUGAAAUCUACGAAAACCAGUGCGACAGGACAGAGGACUCGUCAUUUCUGUAAGAUCUGCUCUACUGGGUUCACCACUUCUGGUCAUCUUUCAAGACAUAACAGAAUCCAUACAGGAGAAAAAAAUCACAUCUGUCCGCACGAGGGUUGUGGACAGAGAUUUAGUAGACAUGAUAACUGUAAUCAGCAUUACCGAACUCAUGCGAAUAAGAAGAAAAGAAACUGGAAGAGAAGGGAAACUAGCAGUUGA